AUGUCAUCAGAUAUUGCACCUGAUGCUCGUGGAGUUGAUGACAAUAGCAACAAUACUGAUGCACUCGACUCUCUUAGCCUUUGUAACAAACAUAAGAAGUUCUUCUAUUUAACAUGCUUCCAAUGCCGGGGAAUACGUCUUUGUAGAGAUUGCGUUCCCAAUCACGUCAAUCAUCCCAUUGGAAUCUACAACAAUAGGCAACAUUUACAACUACUGCGUGAGGCUGCGACUGCUGCUGCGAGUGCGGCUCAGAACAACAACAACAACAACAACAACAAUGGAAGCAUGCUCAGCAGCAGUAGCAGCAGAGUGGUUGGCAACAGCACGAUCAGCAGUAGCAGUGGCAGCAGCAUCAGACCAAUUGAUGCAUCACAGGAUGGAGAGAUGACUACAUCGACCACAUCAAUUUCAUCAUCUUCGUCAUCAUCGUCAUCAUCAUCAUUGUCAUUGUCAUCCUCGAUAUCUAUUACACCCGAUCCUUCAGUCUUGUCAUCAGUGUCAUCUCAAUUGGUGCCCAUCUUGCCCAUCCCAAGCAAUCUUCAAUCUUAUGUCAAGACAAACGCUCAUGAAGCAGCACUAAGUGGAACAGGCGAGACAUUCAUAUUGGACAUCAAGUCACACGACUUUCAUAGACCAGACAAGGAUCGAGUAUCAGUCAUCUUUGACUUCAAGAAACAAUCAAUCACAUAUGUCACUGGAGCAAAUCCAAACGAAGAGAUCAAGUUCUCCGUCAUCUUUUACAUUGAAUGUUCCAAAUCGGACGAUGGUGGACACAUUAUCACCAUUCACUUCUUUGACAAUCCACAACGUGUUGCCAAAGUGACGACCAAGUCAUUGAACAGUUUGGAGAUAUAUUUGAAUCGUUUGUGGCAUUCUGGAAUGUUGAUCGAUAUCUCCAAACCAAUAUAUUGGCACAAAGAUCGGUCAAGGUUCACCAAUGCUCUCCCUCCCGACCUCUUGGAUGAUCUACUCAAUGGCACCAAUGAGCAUCUUAUCGAACUAUUGGAGUUUAUGUCAAUGGAUCUGAAGGAAAUCAUUGACAAACCUGCCUUAUUGUCUAUCACUAGGCGGGAGUAUCUCAGGAGGGCCAUCACUCAUGACAGGCCAACUCAACCACGAAUGUACUACCUACUCUACAUCAUGAGAUUAAUGUUAUUCGAUGCAGUCGAGUAUAUUAAGGAGGAUCUGAUGGAGUUGCUCACACAUCAGAACUAUCAGAGUUGUAAACAACUGUUCCACGCCAUAUAUGCAGAGUUUAUCGAGAUCAAGGGCGAUACUCUGUGGAGUGCAGAGGAUUUGUUUGCAAAUGGCAUUGUCUUCUUUGACUCACCAAUAGUGGACAUCAUUGGCAGACAUUACACCAUGACACCAGAGCACAAGACACGUCUCAUCUUGAUGGAGUUUGGCAAUUCACAUUCGACAUUAUCAAAUGACAAGACAUUGGCAGUAUUCAAAGAGAUCAAACACAAACAAGUCUUUCUCGAGACCUUUGCCACCCUAUUCUGGCCAUUGAUCAUUAGUGACUACCAUCAGCGUCAAGAGGACUUCUUGUCAUACUUCUUCGUAUCACCUCGUGACUUCUUUGGCGCAUUGAUAGCAUGUGAUGUCAAUUCUUUGACUGACAAUGACCUUGGGUUUAGGUUCAAUCUGGCAAUGUAUUACAUUGAGAGAGAGAAGCCUGAUUUGGCUAAUGUCAAGCUUGGUCACAUUAUGUUUGAGUUGCUCAGUAGGAAUCAUGUUCGUUUCUAUGAUCUUUUGAAGCAGAUGAAACAUCAAGAGGAACAAAUAGCCACCAUUAUGAAGAGUAUAGACAUGUUUAUCGAAAACUCUGACACUCAUACACUUCUUGAUCACCUGGAAGUCAUACUCAGACUCCUCAAGAAUGCAAGAUUAUCAUGGCUAUGCUCGCCCAAAGUGAUGGAUUCGAUCACACACACUUGGAGCAAGAAGUACAUGAUCUACUCUGUCCGUGACAACGCAGUGUACGACAGACUGCAAGCAGCCAUGAUGGAACUUCUCAGAUUGCCAGACUAUGGCCAUCUUUACAUCCGCAUCCCAACUCUAUUCACUCGCAAGAUCGUCACAAUGGUGCCUACAAUGAUUGACAUUACAGAGAUAUCAAGGGAGGAGCAUGCAUUCAGAAGCGAGAGCGGUCCGAUCAUCAAUGAGGAUCUCAACGAGAGGACACGUGUACAAUAUUAUCAGUUGUGUUCGGAGGCCGUGCAACAGGUCGCAUCAAAGUUCAGCGAGUCAUCGAUGUCGUCAUUGAUUAGCGAGGUCAUUGAUCUGGUCAGACAGAUUGGGGAGCUGGCGAGAGACCACAUCCCCAUUUCAUUGCCACACCUCCUAUUGCUCAAUCGCUUCCUGACCCACAUCAACAACCACAGGUUGAUCAAGGACAUUGGACUCAAAGCACCACUUCACCGACUCAUCGUCAAUUCAAGAUCAUGGCGCAAGGAUGUCUUGGAGUACGUCAACUUGACAAAUGAGUUUCAACACAAUCUCAAGACAAUGUACCAAAGGAUGGCAUCGAGUUGGAAUCCAGAUCACUCGAAGGAGUUUGAUGUGAUAUCUGAUGUGCUGGCGAGUACGUUUGGACAAACAGUGAUCAGAUCAAGCACGCUCAAUGAGACACACUACAAACAUCUUUGGAGAUUGAGCAAGUUGAUGCAGUUGGUCGAGUGGCUUAACACACGCUUCGACUUCACCAUCAAGGCCGGCACGAACAAUCUGAACAAUCCUUCUUCGGCCUGCACCAUGCUGUGCCGGGCAAUCACCUCUGCAAAGGGUGCCCACGGACACACAUUGAUCAGCGAGGAACUGGUCGACUUUCUCAGCAACCUACUUGGUUCAGACAACAACAGACUGUUCCGUAUCGUGCUCGAUCACUAUAUCAGUGUCAGCAAAUCAGUCAGUAUCGACAACAUUGCCAUACUAUGCAGGGAUUACCUAAAGGCAUUGAUCGACGACGAUGACUCCUCACUCAAUCUCAAGCUCAAUGUCAUCAAGAAUCUUGCCAUGACCAAGGACAUCAACUUCAACAAGGAGUAUCGUACAUUGUUCUCAAUCAUAUAUCCCAACGAGCAAUAUGAUGGAACACGCAACAGACUUGAACAAUUGAUCAAUGAGGCAUCGUUGAAUGGAGUCCAAGAUAAUAUCAAUUAUCUGUUCACAUACUGCGACAGCAAUCAACAUUACAUCAUCGUGGAUAACUUUGACAAUGACAAGCGCAACAUCCAGGCCAAGGUAUCCAACCUCAAAUCAGACUUGACCAUUGGCGAAGCCAAACAACUCGUGGGCGAGGUCACAUCACUCAUUGGCGGUCUGAACCAUCAUCAGCUGCAGCUGUUCCAGCACAUUGAUCGCGAGCUCAUUGACUUUUACGCCUCAUUCGAUGACUUUAUCAAGACCAAUCAGAUCAUCACUGCCAACUUGAUCAGCGAUCAGUUCAACUUCAAUCUGAUGAACAACACCAUCCACUCAUAUGAGAUGCUCAAGCCACUGAUCAUACGCUGCAAGGCCGCCAAGAAGGGCGGCUUCAAGGACAACCAGACCGAGCACUUUGUCUCAUUGAGCGACCUGUGCCGCGUUUUUGCUUCGACCAACAACAACAAGAACAGUCGCGAUAACAUCGAGACCACGAUCAACAAGCUGGUGUGGACCGUCACAAACAUCUCGCAGAUCAAGAGUCUGUACUCAGCCGCGAGCGGCAUGCAUGACACCGAGUCAGUGCUCUCGACGGCCAAGGAGAUAUUCAACGGCUCGAAAUUCCAGUCGAGCAGCCCCAAGAACGAGAAUGGCCUCCUGGGCUGGUGCGUCGUCAUCGAUUCAUCCAAGAUAACGCUGCCCCAGUUCAAGGUGAUGGACGUUGUGCAGGGCCUAAGGAUCUCGACUUCGGACACCCAAUUCCAGUCCAACGAGCUGAUCGACAUGGUGGACCGUUUUGGCAUUGCCGUCGAGCACUUUGUCACGAUUCACGAGCUUCACUGUCAGCUGGACCGCGCAUUCCACCCCCAGUUCUCGCAGGGCUUCAUAGAGAUACCCUUCAACGGCCUGUUGGACACCCUUGAGGACUUCUCUGCACAUCUCAGGAAAAUGUUGGAACAUUGGACGAGCAUGAUGAACUCACUGCCGGCACGCCUCUUCUAUCUGAGGCCUCACGGUAUCUCCUCCCUGCUCUCGGGAUUCACCAGCAUGGCUGAGUCCCCAACCACGCCAACUUCCAGGGACUUUGUCUCAUUGUUGUCGCCAUACAUCAAGUUUUGCCAUCAAUCAUUGCGCGACACAUCAUCAGUCGACAAGACAUUGUUAUCGAUCCACAAUGACAUGAUCAAGGACAAGACACUCACAACAAGCCUCAAGUUCAACAUCCACAUGCAACAUGUGCUCAGUCGUCUGGCCACCACUGAUGUGUUCUACGAGGAGCUGGACUUUGAUCGCGGUCCCAUGUUUGUGGAGCUCCCAUCGCACCAGAACCUCUUCAACACGUUGAUGUACUUGAACAACUCACAGCUGCCACAUCCCUCGCAGAUAUUCUAUGCCAAUAAGUUCAGCGAUGAGCAUGACUGCAUGUUCAAGCUGGCCGAGCAGAUGGCCGGCCACACAUUGUUCCUUGUGGGCAUCCCCAGCGACAGGAACGUUCUACUCAAAUGGCUGUCUCAUCACUUUAGCAAGGGCACCCAAUCGUCGUUGGCGCGUAUCUACAUCAUCGCCACCGAGCCCUCCAAUACCAACAGUACAUUUGGCUUCUUGCCUCAGUACAAGGGCAUGAUCGACACUGAGUGGAAGAAUUUCAAGGAGCUCCUGGCCACGACCAAGCUCAACACGGGUGUCGAGAAGCUCACUGUUGUGUGCGGACGAACUGGCACGGGCAAGUCCUUCAUGAUCCAGCAAGAAUUGCCCAAGUUGAUCAGAGUGAAUAUUCGACCCAACUACGAUGUCAAGCCUCUCAUCGACAUGCUCAAGGGUCUCAUGGCAUCCAAGGACAGAGCCAAGGAGCAGCCCGUGGGCAUCCACCUCGACAUAUCACCAUAUUGCAACUUUGCCAUGUUCGAGUUGUUCCUCUAUCAUUUAGUCCACGGCUUUGUGAUUGGCAACAGACUGGGCGAGAUGAUCAGCACCUCUGGAUCACUGUCGCUGCACAUCUACAUUGAGAUUGGUGACCCACCUCUCGACUCAAAUCACACCUCCUACGAGCAUUACCUCAGCGACAACAUCCCGCUCACAACAAACAUUGCCACGCGAAAGGAUCACACCACGAUGCGCUGGAAAGACGACGAUGCGGACUACGAGGUCUUCAUGUUUGCCCGCACCAACAACAAACUUCAGAAGCCAUCAAUCAAGAUGGGCGAUGACGUGACGUUCAAUGAGUACAUCAAUCAUGCGAGAGAGUUGGUCAAGGCCACGUUCAACUAUUCGCCACACUUCAUCAACGACCCCCAGUGCCUUCAACAUCGCAGGAGCUUCCUCGUGCUGAUGCAGCAACGCGUGCGAUUCUUGAUGAGGUACUACGACUACUACGCCGAGAUGGGUUUGGCGGGCCGAUCGAUGCAGCGCAAGAUGCUGAUGCCCUACGAGCUGUACCAGUACUUCCUGUACGAGGCCAUGCUGCUGGCCGACCAGAACCUGCUGUCCAGCGCCGUCGCCUUUAACAACAGCACUCCCAACGCUGUGGCCGCCAACAUGGAGACACUGUGGCACGCGCCACCAAUGUUCAUCGCCCGCACAGAGCACGAGAACAACACAUCCAUCGAGUUCCUAGACUUCCACGCACUCUAUCGCCACAAGCAGAUCAUCAACCAGAUCACCUAUGACGAGGCGAUCAACUCAGAGUCCACUAGCAAGUUCCGAGCAUUCAUUGCCAAUUUGUUUGGAGUGGGGAGGAGCGAGCUGAUCAUCAAUCUGUGCCAUCAGUUCAACUACGUCCUCACGCCCGAGUCUGGCCUCAUCCUGAUGACCCUGUACAACAAGAUGCUAUGCCAGCGAUCAAUCAUUCUCACGGGAGACACGGGUGUGGGCAAGACCUACACACUGCUCUUCUUCUCGAUGCUCAUCAAUGCCAAGGUGGACUCGAUGCCCGACAUCAUCUCGCGAGUGCGCGGCCUGAUCAGCGACAUCUUCAAAACACUGCCCAAGUUUGAGCUGCGUGGCAGCAGCAGCAGCCAAGACAGCAGACGUGAGCUCCCCAAGGACCCCUCCGUGCACCAGAUCAUCGACGCCAUGUCCCAGAUGUGCGACUACGAAGGCCAGUCCGAGGAGGACCGUGACAAGAUGUUCCUGCAGGUUGAGAAAGCCAUCCGUCUGUUGCUGCUGCGCUCAUUGAUCUACGCGCCACCCAACAGCUUCUUGCAGGUGCUCUCCACUAGCAAGCGAAGAGAGAUCAAGAGCAAAGAGCGCUGUGUUGAGGCCAUCAAAGAGAUCUGCACGGCCUCCUUCAAGAACAUUUUCCAUCGCAUUGUGAUGCAUCAGAAGUUCACAUCGCUUACGUUCAAGAGUCGCGUGCUUGAGUUGGUCAAGGAGUCAAGCGAGCUGUUUGCGCGCGAUCCCAACCUCAAGAUGGUGGUGUUCGUCGAUGAGUUCAACACCAGUCCCCCUGACACCCUGUCCUUGAUCAAUGAGAUCCUGACCAAUGGCACAAUCGAUGGCAGUCAGCUAACGCUGCCCAGCAACAUAUUCUGGGUGGCCGCCAUGAACCCACGCAACAUGGGUAACAACAACACCAACAAUAUCGACUACACUGGUCAGCAACAGGGCGCACCCGCAUUUGUGGUGGAGAACGCCCCGCCAUCGACACUUAACCUGCUUCUCAAUGUUGGCGAGUUCACCGAGAAGAAUGAGAAGACAUUCGUGCAAGUGUUGUUCCAGCUCAACGAGCACAUGUGCACACCGUACCAUUCGGGUGACCUGUCGGACUUCAUCCUGAUUGGCCAGAAGGGACUGCGUCGCGUCGGUCAGACACGCACACACGUCUCCAUCAGAGACAUCACUCGUGCCAUUGACUUUUAUCAGUUCUUCCGCACGCCGGUCGGCCAAUCCAUACUUCAAUGCGCGCGACCAAACAAGCUCAAGGACGGAGAUCUGCUGAUUCAUUGGAUGUCCAUCGUGGCGGCGAUCGGCCUCACGUACCAUCUCCGUGUGCUGCCCUCCAACGUCAAUGCCAACAAGUUCCUGCAGGUGUUCAACAAGUACUACACAGACAAGGCGCCACCUAUUGUUGCGGAGGCUUUCCCAUCAUUUGAAAUGAUGUUUGCCAAUAUCAUCGAUGGACUGUGCGAUCAGCGCUAUACCAAGCUGCCACCAGGCGUUGCACUCACUCAAUCUCUCAAACGUAACAUCUUUUGCAUCACUGUGGCCAUCAACUGCUCGGUGCCCCUGUGCAUCGUUGGCCCACCAGGCUGUUCCAAGACGCUCAGCUUCAGCAUUGUCAUUGACAACCUCAACGAGACCAAGCAUACCAACAGCGCGUCACCUUGGUCGCUGAUGAAGAACGCCGAUCCCUUCAGAUACCAAUGCACGCCACACACGACCGAUGUCGAGAUCGCAUCAGUGUUUGAGCGUGCACUUGGUCGUCAGCGCUCAUACGACUCAUCGCAGGGCAGCAGCAGAUGUGUUGUGUUCAUCGAUGAGGCUGGCCUGGUCAAUGAGGAUGAGUCGCCCAUGAAGGUGAUGCACGACUACCUUGAUCGCCUCUCUCAAAAGAUGGACAACGCCACUCCCGACAUCUCGACAAUCAUCCUCUCGAACAAGAUACUCGACGCAGCCAAAACCAACCGUAUGCUGAUGCUUGUUCACCCUGAGGGCAUCUCGGACCAAGAUGAGAUGUCACUGGUCAAGGGCUGCUACUUCAACAACGCCGAGCUGGGCGACGCCCAGCAUCGUCUGUCUGUCGCCCUGUGCAGCGCAUUCAAGGCCGUCCCCAAGUUUGAUCUGAUCAACAAGGACCAGCAUCUCUUCCACCAGCGUGACUUUGUGUUCUUCCUGCGCCAUCUAGCGCGCGGCGUCAAGCAGAACUACAACAUGCUUAGCCCCCAAGUGUUGCUCAACUCCCUAGAGCGCAACUUUGGAGGAAUCGACCCCGAUCAGCAACAGCUCUUGGUAAAGGCGUUCUUUGAAGAACUGGCCAAAGUUGACGACGCAUUCAAGACCGUCCCGGCCAUGCACGCCGCCACCAACACCAUCGAGCGACUCAAGGACUCAUUGUGCGAGGUCAUGAGUCCUGAUCAACAUCCAAGCACCUAUCCAUUCAGAUACGUGAUGUUGAUCGACCCGACUGAGAAUGAGACAUCCUUGGCCAUCUUGAACGAGCUCGACAUCAAGCACUCUGUGAUCAGAGUUGGCACAUUCCCCGACGACACGGCCAACAACGCACUGGUUCAGGCAGUGUCGCGCAUCAAGCGUGCGAUGAAGGAGGGCCAGACCAUCGUCCUGGUCAACUCUACGCUGAUCGACUCAUGCUUCUACGAGGUGUUCAAUCGUCACUUCACCCUGCUGACUGCCGCCGAUGGCACCGUCCAAUUCAUGGCCAACGUAUCAUUUGGCACCAACUCAAUCUAUUGCACGGUGCAUCCCAACUUCAAGCUCAUUGUACAUCUACCCGAGUCCAAGCUGCAGCACACCCAAGCGCCAUGGCUCAAUCGUUUCGAGAAGUACUACAUAUCAAUCGAACAGAUGCGUCUCCAUUACAUCCAGCACAACAACCUGAUGGACCAAAACGAGCACUUGACCAAGCUGUUGAAGUCGGCCGAUCACUUUGUCUCCAGCUUCAAGCCGACCAUGUUUGCCGGCUACUCGGCCACCGAGACCAUCUCAUCACUGGUGUACUCCUCGAUCAAGGGGUACAAUCUACAAGGCAGACACGACAAGCAUGAGCUUGGCUUUGAUCUGAUCAGCAGCAGCUCGACCACAGCCGGACGCGAGAAAGACAAUGACAUAUUCCAACAGCUCAACUUCAAGCUACUCCAGCUUGCGCGUCCCGAGUGUGUGUUCACGCGUAGCACACUGCCCACAUCAUACAUCAACGAGUACAUUCUGAAGCAGGAGCACUUCAACGUGGUGCGAUUCCUCGACUCGUUGCUCACUCGGAAGCUCUGGCAUGGCAAUGACACCUCCUUGUCGAACAGAUGGUCCAUCAUCACUCGCACAUCACUCACACUUGGUAUGAUCACAGCCGACAAGCUCACAGACUUGCUUCCAUCGUUCCAGGAUCAGUAUCAUCCCGGCAUGCCCGAUAUCCACAACAAGAUGAGUGUCAUACAGCUCAAUGGCGUCAAGUCCACGGAGCAGUGCCAGAAGUUGUUGGAGCAAUUCAUCAAUUCGACCCAGCUUGUGCUGGUCGUUGUGGCCGACAUGUCAUCGGUGAGCCAGCAUCAGAUCACGUACAUUCAUCAAUGGUUCAGAGAGCAUGGCUCACAAGAUGACAAUGCUGACAGAAUGUUUGUGAAUAUCUGUCACUACCCACCCGAGUACUCAUUGAGCAGCAACUCUAUGAUCAAGGCCAACUUUGUCAAUGGAAUGGACCACAUCUACAUUGAUUCUUUCGGCGUGAGGGUCGACGGCAAGCUCAUGGAGUCGUCAAACAUCUCACUCGACUCGGACAUCCGCAAUUGGAUCGCCAAUGCCUUUGGCCUCGAGGUUCAGCUCGAUCCCAUCGAGCUCGAGAACACAUUCUCCAAGAUGUUCUUUGGCGCCAUGCAUCAGACUGCCAUCCACUCGGUCAACCUCAAUCAGAUGUCGCAACACAUGGUUCAAAAGUCACAAGACAGCCAAUCAGUCAAGCAAUUCUACUCCAACUCCAAGGACCGCGCGCGUCUCACUGUCGAGCUGUUUGAGAAGCACAGGGCUUGGAGGCGCGAGGCCAUCCUCAAGUUCACCAACCAAUUGGACGUCAACUCAUUGAUCACAGACAUAAUCGAGAACACAUCCAGGCUCAUCCAGACGGGCAUGUCGAUCACAUCCUUCAUCGACUCAAUCAAGAACUCGUUGGAGUCUCACAUGUACGCCAUUGUCUCGCGCAUAUUUGACCUCAUUGCCAAUCUCAAGUCGUUUGGCAACGUCUCGAUGAUCCCCGCCGACAUUGGCGACCCCCGCGACGCCCUGAUCACGCUGUACAUCCGAUCCAUCGAGGCGCCUGAGCCCUCUGCCUACGUGGAGGAUCGAUACGAACAAAGGAUACUCAGCAUUCCCGCGAGCAGAUUCGACUCGACGCUGCCUAUCUACGCGCACAUCUCAAAGGACAUAUCGACACUCUUUGAUCGAACACUGGCGCAACAGGCCAGUCAGCGAACCUUGGCAGAUAUCUUUGCGCACUUUGUCAAGCUCGUCCACGAUCAUCCCAUCAACGCUGUCAUCUCGCACAUCAACAACACGCCCUCGCUCUUUGAUCUAUACGUGAGCGACUUCAUCGUGUUGACGAUGAGCUUCCCCAAGCAGAUGGUGGACCUGAUCAAAAUGAUUGUGGGCAAGACCCUGCCUGGCAACGUCAACAACAUCUUGGCAUAUAGCGUGUGUAACCACUUCCAGGCCGACACAUUCCACUUCCUCAACUGCUUCGCGUUGCCCCACGUCAAGCUUGGCAGCGACAACAACCAGGAUGUCAUUCGUCUGCUCGAGUCCAGUCUCUCACCCACCAUGGGAGUGGUCGUCAACAACAUCAUCGACGAGUCAAUGGCUGUGCUCUACACUCAUAUCCGCUCGAUAGACAUUUCCAGCAGCGACAUCAUUGAGCUCACGACCAACUGGUGUGUGGCCGUGCGUGAGGUGCUCAAUCGAACAAGCAUCGACACAAUGCUGGCCAGACAAGUGGGCAGCGUGCGCGACAAGACCACCUACGUGUUUGUCAUGUUCAAGGUGGCCGUGGACUUUAUCGCCAAUCGCACGCCUAACCAUGUCGACAUCACAGACCACUCGCUCAAACAGUCGUUGACAACAAUGUACUCGCACUUCAAACAGGCUGAGCUCACAUGCGAACGCUUUGUCCAGACAUUCACCGACAGCUAUGGCAGGAAACUCACCGGCCUCAAGCUUGGCACAUUCCUCGAUAUUGUUGAGCCCUUUGUCGCGCUGUCCCCGCACAACCAGGACCACUUCCUCAAGCUCUGCAACCAUGAUGUGCCCCACCCAUUUGGCAAGACCAUCCCACUUGGUUGGUCGUCGACAAUGUUAAAGAACUUCAUGCCUAGUAUGGAGUCGUUCAAACCAUUCAUCAACGCCAUCUUGGACCAGCAUCAGUUCAAGGGCAGCACAAUGACCAACCCUUACAUCCUGUGCCUGAUGGAGGAGGGCAAGAUAUCACAAAAGAUCCUCGACUUUAUGCAGCUCAAGGUGGACGUAUUCACCAACAACUUCAAGCCCAACAUCCCGCUGGUCGAUUCGCUCUACUUUGUGUUGCUGGAGGACUGUCGAGUCAAUUACAAGCUGCUCUCCACAGACGAUCUCUCCAAUGUCUGGCGCGAGGAAGUGACAAAGAAGGACAACUACUCGCGUAUCAACCUGUUUGCGAUAAGCACCUACAUCAUUGAUCGACUGGCGCAGAGUCUCAACGACGACCCGCUCGAAGGCAACAUCAAAUGGCUGCAUGGCGACAGCCACUUUUGCAGAAUCCUCAAGACCCUGCUCGACAUCCAGUCGCAGGCCAUCCGCUCGCCGCACGCCAUGAUCACCAAGACGUUCAAUCGCAUCCAUCUCUUCAAUAGGAUCAAGACUGAGUUCAAGCUGUUUGAGCUGCUCAACUGCAUGCCUCUGCUCGAGCUCAUUGGAAUCAAGGACUGCCACGUGUCCGUCGUCUCCAACCCCGUCGAGUCGACAUACUUUGACUUUGUGGUCGAUCGCCACAACAAGGACAACAAGGACGCGCUGCUCUUUUCUCAACUGGACGCAGCCGUUCGAAAGCAGUCGGACUCGAUGGUGGCGUCGCUGCUUCAGCUCUGUGCCGACUCCAACUCGUCUCGCACGCGUGGUUUCCUUCGCAUGUCAAUGUUCCUCAUCACAUUCCAGCUCUAUAUGGAGGGCAAGCAGAUGGACUUUGUCCGUAAGCUCGUUAAAGUUGGCAGCACAUUCAACGAGAUCACGGAGAACAACGACUUCCAUCCCUACUUUGAAAAGAUCAUAGACAAACGCCUCAAUCCCUCUGUCCAAUACCUCGACAGCAUUUUGAUUCAGGCCAAGGAAGGCAAGGACGGCGUCAAGUCGCCCGACACGCUCAUCAACGCCCAGCUCCUUGUCAACUUUGUCGCGGCGUCCAUUGGCAGUUCGAAUAACAACUACCUCUACCACCUCACCCGCGACACCCACAACUUAGUAGCGGGCAAGCUGUUCCCCGCCACGGAGACACUCUUCCGUGAUUGUGGCAUCAAGUAUCGAUUGCAGGGUGAAGACACCAACACGUAUUGUAUGAAUGGCAACACAUUGUUCAAGUACAUGAUUGGAGCAUCCAUCUGGGGCGCAUUCGCCUGGACAGUCAGUCUCUUGGAUGGGCCAAACAACAAGGACUUCAAGCAUCUCACCAACCAGGACACUCACUUUGCCAACUACCUCCAAGAUCACACGGUCGUUGGCCUGACCGACUACGUCGGCGUGCGUUCAUUCACACAAGUGUUUGAGAUCAGGAACAAUGAACAGGUGGCCGAGAAGCACAUUGACACGGGACACUUCCUCUCGGAGCUCGUCUACAACAUCUGGGACACGGCCUACACCAAGCCCAACCCGACGAUGCGCUCAGUAUUCGCCUCGGACGUCGAAGUCUCACAGUAUGAGGAUCACCUUACAUUCAUGAUCGAGCGACUGCUCAAGUACUAUCCAGGCAUCAAACAGAAGAGGAUACGCGACAUCAUCACACACUCGGAUGAGAUGGGCACGAUCACCUCGAUCCGAGCAGAGUGUGCGCGAUCAUUCAGCACGCCCUUCUACACAUACGAGUUGAUCCACGAGCAGCUGACCAAAAGCAACAACAAGCUGCUCCUCUUCUUCACGACCAACAUCACAAAGUUGUGUAUCUCGCGCUACUUCAACACCCUGGUGCGCUUCAUGCAGGCCGUGUUCAAGCACUUCACGCGUCGCCUGCCCAAGCAUUUCAUCAAUCUCCCGUUCCUCGAAUGCGUCGACUACCUGGCCAACAAUCGUCACGUAGACCAGGGCACAAUAGAUCAGCUCAAACAGAUAUGGGAGAGGCUCAAGUCAUCGUGGGAUGUUAUACUGCGCCACCUGAACAUCAUGGAGGGUGGCUGUCAACAGUUGCCAGACUAUGAGCGUGUUCAACAGUCCAUCACAGACGACAUGCCCCUGGAUCAAUCUGCUGCACUCACACGACAUUGGCGAUGGUAUGAUCAUCAAUCGUAUCAACAACUGGAUGACCAACUACCAGGACAAGGCCAUGCAUCACCUCGAGCAGCUCAAUGUCGACCCGGCGCUAUCCAAGAUCAUCCAGCCGUCGAUGGACGAGAUGAACACGGACAUUGGUGA